AUGGGCCAACAACUUCAGCCAGCAGGAAAAGCUUUAGCCAUCGACCUCCCUACAGGCAUUGAUGCAAGCAAGGGAUGGAAAUAUGAUUCCGUCUGCAAUGUGAAUGGAAAGGCAGUGGCGGUGCCGUGCUAUGCUGAGAAGAUUUUGGUUGUGGACCCUGCAACUGGCCGGGCUUCGGCCAUCGACCUCCCUGCAGGCAUUGAUGCAAGCUGGGGCGGUAAAUAUGAUUCCGUCUGCAAUGUGAAUGGAAAGGCAGUGGCGGUGCCGUGCUAUGCUGAGAAGAUUUUGGUUGUGGACCCUGCAACUGGGCAGGCUUCGGCCAUCGACCUCCCUGCAGGCAUCGAUGCAAGCAAAGAUUGGAAAUACCGUUCCGUCUGCAAUGUGAAUGGCAAGGCAGUGGCCGUUCCGGCACAUGCUGAGAAGAUUUUGGUUGUGGACCCUGCAACUGGGCAGGCUUCGGCCAUCGACCUCCCUGCAGGCAUCGAUGCAAGCAAAGAUUGGAAAUACCGUUCCGUCUGCAAUGUGAAUGGCAAGGCAGUGGCCGUUCCGGCACAUGCUGAGAAGAUUUUGGUUGUGGACCCUGCAACUGGGCAGGCUUCGGCCAUCGACCUCCCUGCAGGCAUCGAUGCAAGCAAAGAUUGGAAAUACCGUUCCGUCUGCAAUGUGAAUGGCAAGGCAGUGGCCGUUCCGGCACAUGCUGAGAAGAUUUUGGUUGUGGACCCUGCAACUGGGCAGGCUUCGGCCAUCGACCUCCCUGCAGGCAUCGAUGCAAGCAAAGAUUGGAAAUACCGUUCCGUCUGCAAUGUGAAUGGCAAGGCAGUGGCCGUUCCGGCACAUGCUGAGAAGAUUUUGGUUGUGGACCCUGCAACUGGGCAGGCUUCGGCCAUCGACCUCCCUGCAGGCAUCGAUGCAAGCAAAGAUUGGAAAUACCGUUCCGUCUGCAAUGUGAAUGGCAAGGCAGUGGCCGUUCCGGCACAUGCUGAGAAGAUUUUGGUUGUGGACCCUGCAACUGGGCAGGCUUCGGCCAUCGACCUCCCUGCAGGCAUUGAUGCAAGCAAAGAUUGGAAAUAUUUUUCCGUCUGCAAUGUCAAUGGCAAGGCAGUGGCGGUACCGUGUAAUAGUGGGAAGAUUUUGAUCGUGGAGCUGUCGCAACCCACAGUGUUCAGCCUCAGGCUACACCACAGCACUGUCCAAAAUACACCCGUUUUCGCCGAGCUGGUGGCAGCUUUGCUGAGCUACUGGAUGUACACGGACGAGCCGGAACCCCCACAUCUCGAGCAUGCUUCCAUGCAAGUUCAUCGAGUGGUUCAGCCAGGCGAGUUUGGUUCAGCCGUGAAGAUCGCCAGCGUCACUGCUGACUUACUAAGUGGCAAGGUGCUGUACCUCGUCUUCAAGGGUACUUCCUACAUCCUGGAUUUUCUGAGCUGGAAUCUGGAGCUGAAUCACGCCAUGACCCAAGAUCCCGACUUCUUCGUGCACGGCGGAGCAGCAGGCACGCUUCACGCGGCAAGCUUCUGGCUUGAGGACGGCUUGUUUCAGCGGCUGAAAGAGGCAAGGGAGAACGGGGUGCGGAGGGUCGUCUUCACAGGCCAUUCCUUGGGAGGAAUGUAUGCAGCAUUGACGUUCUACAUGCUUUGGAAGAAGUUGGAUGGAUUCAUGGACUUUGCGGCGGAGCGAGCCGUGAACUACAUCAAUGAGAACGACCCCUGCCCGCGUGCCUGGGGCGCCAUCAAUCUCCGGCAGUUUGUGGAAGUGGCGACCAAAAGCGUCCAGAAGGGAUUGGUCGACGAGCUGGGCAGCGUCAAGGGGUUUGUUGCCUCGCAGGUCGUUGCAGCAGCAGCACAACAGGUACUAAACCGAUCGGACUUUUACCUGUUGGAGGAUUUCGCUAAAAGGUAUCAGCACUUUGCAGAGCUAAAGGUCCUGAGUUCUCAGCGGCAGGUCACUCGCUGGAAGGAGUUCCGGCUCACACCAGAUUGUCUGAAAGACCACUCGGUGAUGGCUUACGUGACCCGGCUCUUCGAUGCCUAUGACGACAGCCGACCCGAGUGGACCUAUCCCGGGGAACUUCCGUGCGGCGACAGCGCGGCUGCAGCUGACGAAAUGAUUGAAGGGCUCCCUUCCGAGGACCUUUGGCAGCUCUCCUCCAUGUACGAGCGGGAGUCGACAACCAGUCUUGGAUCUGUCGGCGUCCCGUGUUGCCACCCCGCGAAGCUUUGGAAGUCGGGCUUCGGAGGCAUCCGCCAGAUCACAGCUGCCGAAGCCAGACGACAGUACCCACUUGCAUUGACAAGAGCAGCAAAGCUCCGUGCUCUGCUGCUGUCCAUUCGGACUUGGAGCGAUGGAGACCUUGAGGUGGGACCUGUUGAAGAAGCCUUGACGUUCCUGCGUGGCUUCGAAAUGCCUGCGCCGGUCACGACAGGCCCCGCGGACUAG